AUGAGCUGCGUCUGGUCACAGUGGGGCUCCUGGGGUCGGUGCAGCCUUUCUUGUGGGAGCGGUCGCUAUGAGAGGAUGAGGCGCAUUGAACGAAGGUCGGAUCCAGGCGGUCUUCCUUGCUCCGGGGCUUCCCUGGAGAACGGUGCCUGCAACAACGGACCCUGCCAGCCAACCGACUGCAGGCUUGGCGAUUGGUCCUCCUGGUCGGAGUGUGACGUACUUCACCCACAAAGAUUCCGGAGACGGAAUGUUGAAGUAGCACCAAGCAAUGGCGGAAGAGCAUGUGACAAGUAUCUGAUUCAGACCGUCCCUUGCUUUGCGCCCAACACCGCUGGACAGGACUGUGACAUUGGAAUGUGGUCGCAAUGGAGCGACUGCUCGAAGACCUGCGGCGGUGGCCAGAUGUCUCGCAAGAGGCAGCUCUUGAAGCCGAACACAGAGGGUGGCUUCUGCCAUCACGCUGUCCUCCAACAAGCAGAGCCUUGUGGGACAGAUGACUGCAGAUCUCCGGCGCCCAAUGACUGCAUCUUUGAGCAUUGGGGAGCAUGGUCAGACUGUGAUGCGCUCUGUGGCAAGGGCACUCGCGAGCGGACGAGGAAGAUAGCUGUCUUCGCAACCGGCGAUGGGCGGGGCUGUGAAGGGGCCACCCAGCAGCUGUCAGAGUGUGAGCUGCAGACCUGCGAGGUCGUCGACUGCCAGUGGAGCGAGUGGUGGGACUGGUCGGUUUGCUCAGCUUCCUGUGAUGGAGGAACGAAGCGUCGAGAGAGAAAUGUGGCGGUGGCACCGCAGCAUGGUGGAAGUUUGUGCUUCCCCAAAGACAAGAGCCAGAUCGCGCCUUGCAACACGGAGUCCUGUGACGCUGCGUGCUUGGAUGGUGAAUGGAGUGAAUGGAGUGGUUGGACAGACUGCUCUGCAACAUGUGGGACAGCUUACAAGUCUAGACGUCGUGACGUGGCGGUCCAACCCAGCCAUUGUGGGAAGCCAGCGGUCGGGUUGCGCGAGGAGUACAAGGCUUGCAUUGACAUGGCCGAAUGCAACGUCGUUCAAGACUGCGUCAUGGGUGAGUGGAAUCACUGGUCACAAUGCAGUUGCAGUUGUUUCGGCAUCCGGGAACGGAAUCGAGUUAUCGAGCGAUUCGCGACUGAAGGUGGAGAGUCAUGCAAUGGAACGGUCAAAGAGGUAGUGCCUUGCAACCCUGAUGUUGGGCGCGAGCCCAUCGACCAAUGUGGUGCUAACAGGCGGCGACAAGACUGUGUCAUGUCCGACUGGGAGCAGUGGAGCGAGUGUACAGCAAGCUGUGGAGGCGGACAGACCGAACGUUCUCGACACAUCGUGCUGUCAUCAGCAUAUGGCGGAACUCCUUGCAGCGGCGAGCUCGCGGAGAUUGAUCGAUGUAGUGAGGAGCCUUGUCCAGAGAGUGGCUGCCACGACUGUACCUGGGGUGCAUGGAGCCACUGGGGCAGUUGCUCCAAAUGUGGCGGGCAGAGGUUUCGCUUUCGCAACAUCCAGCAGAUGCCAAAUCAUUGCGGAAGGCCAUGCAAGCCGAUGGAUGCAAAAGAAGCGGGAGCCUGUCACAGCAAAUGUGAAAAUCCUCUCUUCUGUGCUUGGACAUACUGGUCAACGUCAGAGUCUUGUGACAAGUGUGGCACUACCAGCACGACACGCAACAGAGCCCUGGGAUUGACUUCCUACUCCACAGACUUUCUCUUCAUGGCAUCGGAUGAGGCAUCAUGCGCCGGGACGCAGCUCAAUGUGAGCGCCUGCCCGAUCAAAGAGGAGUGUCAGACGUGUGUUGCUGAGAACUGCGAGUUUGGCGCAUGGAGUGAAUGGCAUGAUCCAACAUGUUUGGGUCUGUGCGAAAGACAUCGUGUCAUCAGCCAACACAACAACAACUGUGGCGUCGGCUGCACGGGCCCUACGCUCGAGACGAAGACAUGUCCCGUGGUCUGCCAGCAAGAGCAGGAUUGCAACUUCGGCGAUUGGUCUGAGUGGGAAGGGUGUCAGUCAACGAUGGGUGGCAUUGUCAGUCUGCAAAUGGACCGCAGCAGAGACAUUGUAAAGAUGCCGAUGAAUGGUGGCACGCCAUGCUCUGGAGAGAUGACGCAGACCAAAGCCUGCCCGAAGAUUCCACAAAACUGCAUCUUGGGGCCUUGGAGCAGCUGGUCGACCUGCAGCACCAGAUGCGUCACCGGAUGGCACACUCGAGAACGCGUGGUAGAUCAGCAGGCCAGACACGGGGGUGAGCCAUGUGCUGGGCCACUCCUGGAGAUAGAACCCUGCCCUGGAGCCGAUGAAACAUGCAGAGCAUCUGGCAAGGAGGAUUGCAAGUGGGCGUCUUGGGAACAAUGGUCCCAUUGUGGCCUCGACGGGCAGAUGUCCCGGAAGCGAACCAUCGCACGCCUGCCAUCUGUGUUUGGCGAAGCCUGUGCAGGGCCUAUUUUGGAGACCGCAUCGUGUGACAGUGAACGGGUGGACUGCGACGUUUCUCCAUGGUCCGCGUGGGAUGCUUGCGACAGAUCAUGCGAUGGCGGGCAGACGCACCGACAUCGUGAGGUGCACCGCUAUCCGUCGGGCGGAGGUGCUGAUUGCCCCAGCAUUCUGAUAGAGACCAAAGGCUGCAAUAGCCAAUCUUGCAGUGGACACGAUUGCCGUGUUUCAGAAUGGGAGUCCUGGGGAUUCUGCUCCACGACAUGCGGAGUGGGGCAGCGCACGCGCAGCCGACAGAUUGUCGGCUUGCGUGGUGUUGAUGGACAUGGCUGUUACGAAGCACUCGGAGAGGUUCAGGCCUGCUCCAGUCAGGUGGAAUGUGCUGAGAGGGACUGUGUAUGGGGUGAAUGGGCUGCCUGGAGCUACUGCUCGCGUUCUUGCGACGGUGGCAUUCGGUCUCGAAAGCGGCACGUCCUCAAAGUUCCUUCGAAGCACGGAAGGCAAUGUGAUGCUGAAAUCAAAGAGACCAUCGAGCCCUGCAACACCCACACGUGCAGUGCGCCAGACUGCACAGAUGGAUACUGGAGCCACUGGUCAGACUGGUCGCCAUGUUCCGUCUCCUGUGACAGAGGAACAACUUUCCGAACGCGGCAAGUGGCCAAAUCUGCAAGUGAAUGCGGCGACUUCCCAGCGGGCUUGAGCACCGAAACACGAAUCUGUGAAGUUUCUACCGCUUGUGUUCCGAACCGUGACUGCGUUUUUGGACUAUGGAGCGCCUGGGGUCCUUGCAGCGAUCACUGCGAUGGAAUGCAAGAACGAGCUCGGUCCGUGAAACACUUUGGUUUGGGACAUGGCAGUUGGUGCAGCGGUGCAACGAAAGAGCUGCGUCCGUGCAAUCCCAAGUUUGGCCACCAUCCGCCACCCGGCUGUCGGAAGGAUCAUCCUGUUGAUUGCGUCGUUGGCCAGUGGGCGCACUGGAGCAGGUGCACGGCAGUUUGUGAUGGGGGCGUGCAGAGACGCACUCGCGUGGUUGUGCAACGCGCAUCUCACGGAGGGCGUGGGUGCUUGGCGGCUCUCUCGGAAGUCCACGAGUGCAAUCGCCACCUCUGCAGCGGUGGAAACUUGCCUGUCGAUUGUGAAGUUGGGCAAUGGCAAGAGUGGGGCUUGUGUAGCAAAUGUGAUGGAGAAAGAUCUCGCUUUCGGACAAUCCUGCGUUAUGCCUCAAAUGGGGGCAGGCCGUGUGACCACAUGGCUGUUCGCGAGGUGGGCAAAUGUCCCAGGUCCUGCAGCAGCAACUUGUACUGCACAUGGGCAGGCUGGCAGGACUGGGGCGACUGCAGCAAAACAUGUGGAAGAGGAGGCAAGCGGCGCCGCCGCAGAUACUUGCAUCUGUCGCAUGACGCUGGUGCAGAGCUCUUGCCUGGAGGUCCGGGUGCCCCUGGCCAAGGUGGAAUCCCACCAGGACCUGGGGUGUCGAAUGGAGGAUAUCCGACUCUUCAGGAGCAGCUCGAACCUACGACCACGAGAGAAGCCGCCCCCGCCUUCGUAAACGUACCGCCCACGGUGCACCCGGAGGUCUCCCCGCUGGCGCCAGUGCCAACUUUGCCGGGCUUGACGGUCCAUGCGAUCUCCGGGGAAUAUGAAGUCAUGGUCCAGAGAUCACAGGAGCUUGAAUCGACUCACGUGAAGGAUCUUCUGCUCUCUUUCGUUGGUGGCUUCAUGAGCAUUAGCUUCCUCAUAGCCGUGUCCGGAAUGGCCCGACCCCGGCCGACCUGGCAAAGGCCGGUCAGUGACGGGGCGAUGUCUGCUUAG